UUCAGGAGGUAAACAGGAUUGUUUGUGUUAGUAAUGUCAGAUCCGGUUGCGGAAUUCUUGGCACGUGAACAAAAUGUUCUAGCUGGUAUACAGGAUGAUGCCCUAGGAACUAGUCCUCAACCGUAUAUCAGUAAUACUGGCAGCAGCGAUGUAGUUGAUAACGGGAAUGACAUUGCUUCUGCAAACGAAGCUCGUUUGUUAAGCGGGACCAGUGAUUCUGGUUUGGAUCUUCCAACACUAGCAAACGGUGUACAACGCUCAAGCACAACUCCAUCACCUUCUCUUUCAGCAAUGAGCAGUGCAUCGAAAUCGGAACCGGAGAAAAUAAAGAAAUGGCGAGAAGAGCAGAAAAUAAUGCUAGAGAAGAAAGAUAAAAAUGAAGAGAAAAAGAAGGAGGAAAUGAGAGCCGCUGGUAAAAAAGAAUUAGAAGAAUGGUAUGCGCAAAGAGCAGAAAAACUUGCGAAAACUAGGGCAGCUAAUCGGAAAGCCGAAGAAGAUUUCAUUUCUGAUCGUGAGGCCUUGAAAGAUGGAGCGGAGUGGGAACGGAUUGCUAAAUUAUGCGAAUUCAGUGCUAAGAAUUCGAAAACAUCUAGUGAUUUAUCACGGCUAAGGACUCUUCUUCUUAAACUUAAAACGCAAAAAGAAUAAAUUUAAUGAACUGUAUUUUUUGAAGGUGCUAGUCGUAUGCUUCUUUGCAGCGAAUUCCAUAAUGGUGAAUUUUUCCUUUCUGUAGGACUUCAUUAUGUUUUUAGUGCGACAUCAUUUCUAAUAUAUCCAAAACAUUCUUUUAUUUUCGUAAUUAUGCCCUCAUUCAGUUCAGUUACUUCCUAAAACACACAUUAUUACUAUAGUUUUGGGCUUUGUGUUCUUAAAUGCAUAAGGUUAGUAGUUUGACGCGAUGUAAGCUUAAAUUCAAAAUGCAUCGCUAUGAACCCAUGUGCAGUCCAUAGAAUCGUUGCUGGAUUCCUA